GACGACCAUGGAGCACUCUACCGCCAUUCUCGAAGAUGCUGGCAAGAAGAUUGACAAUGCUGCCGCUGAGCAAAAGCCCAAACGUGAAGACCAGUCGGAUCAUGCAUCCUCGUCCAGGACCAACGGCAAGAAGUUUGACAACAGGCGCGACGACCGCAAGCGUAAGGGCAAUUGGAACGACAACAGCGUACGCCAAGGAGGAAGAGGCGGCAAGUUCAAUGACAAUAAGCGACAUAAGAAGAGCGAUCUGGGACGAGGAGACUACUUUGCUUCCAACCCAGACAAGCGUCAAAAGAACUUGGAAGCUCAGGAGAAGCGAUCACGAGACGGCGUCAAAGGUCAAGGCAUUGAGUUCUCCAAGGAAGAGAUUGAGGCAGAGAAAGCAGAAGGGCGAAAACCAAAAAGAAAAGUUGCUGUAUUGAUUGGCUACUCCGGAACAGGGUACAAGGGUAUGCAGAUAUCCGCAAAGGAGAAGACCAUCGAGGGCGACCUCUUUCAGGCUUUCAUCAGAGCGGGUGCCAUCAGCAAGGCGAAUGCAGAAGACCCGAAAAAGAGCAGCCUGGUGCGAUGUGCUCGCACAGACAAAGGGGUCCAUGCUGCAGGAAACAUGAUCAGUCUGAAGCUGAUUGUGGAGGAUACAGACAUUGUGGAGAAGAUCAAUGCUGAGCUGAGCCCCCAGAUCCGAGUGUGGGGUAUUGAGAGGACGAUUGGAAGCUUCUCGUGCUACCAGGCCUGCGACAGCCGAUGGUACGAGUAUCUGAUGCCUUCGUAUGCUUUCCUGCCUCCGCAUCCAAGCAGCUGGUUGGCUAAACAUCUUGAAGCUGAUGCCGAUGAGGUCGGAGAUCGGGAAGGGUAUGAGUCGCGACAAGAAGAAGUCAAGGGCUUCUGGCAGAGAGUGGACGAGGAAGAUAUCAAAGCGGUACUAGAGACCAUUGAUGAUGACAUCAGAUGGGAUGUGGUCAAGGCUCUGCAAGGGGAAGAUGAAGCCAAUGUCAAGACCGACGCCGGCGCCGAUGCUGGGCAAGAGGUCAAGGUUGGAAGCACCAUCACUGCUGCGACUGGAGCAUCGAAUGAAAGCACAGAAGAAGCCGUCCUUGUAUUGAACGAUCCAACCAUCAAGCCAGAAGCCACAAACGACGAUGCACUAGAUGCAACUGCGAAAUCAGAACCUCCCCUUCCCACAGACAUGCAACCAGAAGGAACCACAGCAGAAGAAGCAGAGGUCAUAGCCGCUGCUAAUUCUGCCGCAACAAUCAAAGCCGACCCUACGCGACCAGCAGACCCCGCACCUGAUGUCCCUGUACCAACAGAACCUAUGGACCCCGAAAUGGAACGCGUCCUUCGCAUACGAGCCGCGACCAAACUCCUCCGUGAGACGUACAUGAAUGCCAAACGGAAAUAUCGCAUUCCACAGAAGCGCAUCGAGCGUAUUCAGAACGCCUUGAACAAAUAUAUUGGAACCAAAAACUACCACAAUUUUACCAUUCAAAAGACCUUCAAGGACCCCAGUGUCAAGAGGCACAUAAAAUCCUUCAAAGCCAACCCUAAACCUAUCCUCAUUGGCGAUGGACCGGAUGAAGAAAAGACGGAAUGGUUGAGUCUCAAAGUGCACGGCCAAAGCUUCAUGAUGCAUCAAAUCCGGAAAAUGGUCGGUAUGAUUACACUUCUCGUGCGGGCGGGAGCAGACUUGAAAACAAUGGAUGCGUCCUUUACCGAAACACGAUUCAGUAUUCCCAAAGUGCCUGGUCUAGGCCUCUUGCUCGAGCGACCUGUCUUCGACUCGUAUAACAAUCUGCAAGCGAGUAAACAUGGUCGGGAGAAGCUCGAUUUCAGCAAGUUUGAAACGGAAUUGGAGGCUUUUAAGGAGCGCGAGAUCUAUCAACGCAUUUUUCGGGAGGAGGAGGAGAAGAAUGAGUUUUCGAGAUUCUUCAAUCACGUGGACAAUUUCAAGGAACCGCACUUCUUGUUCGUGACGAGCAAGGGAGUGGAUGCGAUCAAGGGCAUCGAGAGGAAAGGCAUCAAGGAGGAAGAAGUGGAAAGUGAGACCGAAAUGGGCGGCGCAGAAAAUUAGCGCUCCAUAUAUCAUUGAUACCUAGGUACGAUGAAAUCGUGCACGAAC